GCUUCUUCUUCAUCCUCUUUGCAAAAGGCAUCACCUUAUACCCAUUCUUUUCAACUUGCUUCUUGGCGCGUGUGCAGCACCGUCCCUCCCUUUUCCCAGCUUCAACUCUUUUUUCCCAUCCUUCCAGCCUCACCAAAUUUCCCCCACCAUGGCCGACAUUAACGUUGAUGUUCUCGUCAUUGGCAUGGGACCUACUGGUCUCGGUGCCGCCAAGCGUCUGAACCAGAUCAACGGCCCUUCAUGGCUGAUUGUCGACUCUUCCCACAAGGCUGGUGGUCUUGCCGGUACUGAUGUCACUCCUGAAGGCUUCUUGUACGACGUUGGCGGUCAUGUCAUCUUCUCCCACUACAAGUACUUCGACGACUGCCUGGACGAGGCUCUCCCCAAGGACGAUGACUGGUUCGUCCACCAGCGAAUCUCCUACGUCCGCUACAAGGGCCUCUGGGUCCCCUACCCCUUCCAGAACAACAUCUCCAUGCUCCCCAAGGAGGACCAGGUCAGAUGUCUGGAGGGCAUGAUCGACGCUGCCCUCGAGCACCGCGUUGCCAACACCAAGCCCAAGGACUUUGACGAGUGGAUCAUCAGAAACACCGGUGUUGGUGUUGCUGAUAUCUUCAUGCGACCCUACAACUACAAGGUCUGGGCCGUCCCUACCACCAAGAUGCAAUGCCAGUGGCUCGGCGAGCGAGUUGCUGCCCCCGAUGUCAAGACCGUCACCAAGAACGUCGUCCUGAACAAGGUUGCCGGUAACUGGGGACCCAAUGCCACUUUCCGAUUCCCCGCUCGGGACGGUACCGGUGGUAUCUGGAUCGCCGUCGCCGACACUCUUCCCUCCGAGAAGAAGAAGUUUGGCAAGUCCGGUGAGGUCACCAAGAUCGACGCCGCCAACAAGACCGUCACCAUGGCCGACGGCACCACCAUUGGCUAUGGCACCCUGGUCAACACCAUGGCUGUCGACCACCUCGUCGAGAAGAUGGGCAACCAGGAGCUAAUCACCCUGUCCAAGGGCCUCUUCUACUCCACCACCCACGUCAUUGGUGUUGGUAUCCGUGGUGAGCGCCCUGAGCGCAUCGGCGACAAGUGCUGGCUGUACUUCCCAGAGGACAACUGCCCCUUCUACCGUGCCACCAUCUUCUCCAACUACUCUCCCUACAACCAGCCCGAGAAGAACGCCAAGCUGCCAACCCUGUACCUUGCCAACGGCGAGAAGGCUGCCUCUUCCGAGGCUCAGGACGGUCCUUACUGGUCCAUCAUGCUGGAGGUUUCACAGUCUGAGCUGAAGCCCGUGGAUGUCGACAACCUGCUCAAGGACUGCAUUCAGGGUCUCGUCAACACUGAGAUGCUCAAGCCCGAGGACGAGAUUGUCUCGACCUACCACCGUGCCUUUGACCACGGAUACCCCACUCCUUCUCUGGAGCGUGAGGGUGUCCUGAAGGAGCUCCUGCCCAAGCUCCAGGACCUGGGCAUCUACUCUCGCGGCCGCUUCGGCAGCUGGAGAUACGAGGUCGGCAACCAGGACCACUCCUUCAUGCUGGGUGUUGAGGCCGUCGACGCCAUCACCAGCGGAGCCGUUGAGCUGACCCUCAACUACCCUGACUUUGUCAACGGCCGACAGAACACCGAGAGGCGUCUGGCGCAGGCCUUUUCCUACGGAGCUCAGCCUCUGCCUACCCGCGAGAGGAACUAAGGAGUUGCAAGCAUCGGGAUGAUGGAGGUUGAAUACUAGGUAUAUAAGGAGCACAAUGUACACGUGCACUGUAAUGUGAGGCAGCGGCUAUCGAAUCAAUCUGGGUAGCUAUGUGGUCUGCUAUGAAUGGGGGUAUUUCAAAGGUCUGAAAAUUUCGGAAUAGCUCGGGUGAUACGAACGCCUAGGGUUGUGUAUGGGCAGUCGGUAUAGAUUCCCUCGCUGCGAAAUAGCGAGUAUAGGUUAUGAUAGAGAUAGAGAGUGAUUUUUGCUCUUUUUUUGAUAACAAUAAAUCUGUUGUUAGGCGC